AUGGCCGCACGGAAGCGCGAGGCGAAGAAGCCCCGUCUGACUGGACGCGGCAUGCAGCAGGAGCGCUCGACAUUUGUGGAAGACCUGGAGAACAUGGCGCCGAUCUCCACGAAGGCCAGCGCGUGGUCGCGCAAGCCGCUGAGACCGCUCGACCCGCGUGUCGACGCAGUGGCUUUCCAAUGGAUCGACAUUGACAUGUACGACGGACCGCCGCUCAAGACGAACCCGAAGAAAGGAGCAGCAGUGCCGGGGCUCCAGUCUAGUGGCGAUGCGCGGCAGAGCGCCGCCAUUAUCCGCCUGUUUGGCGUCACGAUGGAAGGCAACAGCGUGCUCCUGCACGUCCAUGGCGUGUUGCCCUAUUUCUACUGCUUUUGCCCCGACCAAUUCGAUGAAAGUCGCUGUGGAGACGUGCGACAGGCUCUGGACGCUGCCGUGGGCCAACGGGAGCGAGACAAUAGCAGCAGCAGCAGCAACAACAAUUCGCGCGUCGUGGGCGUUCAAGUCGUGCGCGACAAGAUGUCCAUCUACGGCUACCAGUUUGACAAGACCACGACGCUUUUCAAGAUCUUUUUGAGCAUGCCUAGCUACGUUCCCAAGCUCCGUAGCGUCCUGGAAGCUGGUCUCACGCUGCCUGGUUGUGAUUUUCGCAGUUACCAGACGUACGAGAGCAACGUGCCAUUUAUCCUGCGCUUUAUGAUCGACGAGGACGUCAGAGGAUGCAACUGGGUAGAAGCGCCAAGCGGGACGUACUCGGUGCGCACUUCCCCGCAGAAAAUGUCGCUGUGUCAGCUAGAGAUUGAUAUCACAUACGACAACUUGGUGAGCCAUGCUCUAGAAGGAGUGUGGAGCAAAGUGGCUCCUUUUCGGAUCUUGAGCUUUGAUAUCGAGUGUAUGGGCAGGAAAGGGCACUUCCCGGAGGCAGAACAAGACCCGGUGAUUCAGAUUGCCAACGUUGUACAGGAGCAGGGAUCUCCCAUACCUGUGAUCCGCAAUGUCUUUGUGCUAGACACCUGCAAACCAAUAGUUGGCGCUCAUGUGAUGGAGUUUGAGAAAGAAGGAGACAUGCUGGAAAAGUGGGCACGCUUCGUGCAGGACGUGGACCCGGACAUUAUCACGGGUUACAAUAUCGCCAACUUUGACAUACCGUACGUUCUCAACCGUGGCAAGGCGCUCAAGUUGCAGCAUUACAACCUCCUGGGCCGACUAGCAAACUCAACGGCGUAUAUGGAAAGAAAAACGUUUAGUUCGGCGCAAUACGGCAAGAGUGAAAACGUGAAAACGACAAUCCAUGGACGAUGCAUGUUCGAUUUACUGCCGAUCAUGCGCCGUAGCCAACAGCUAAGCUCGUACUCACUGAACGCAGUGAGUGCUGCCUUUUUGGGUCAGCAGAAGGAAGACGUGCCUCACGGUAUCAUCAGUGACUUGCAGCGGGGGACUGAUGACGAUCGCCACCGUCUCGCUGUAUACUGUCUCAAAGAUGCGUACUUGCCGCUUCGAUUGCUGGACAAACUCUCGUAUCUUGUGAAUUACAUCGAAAUGGCCCGUGUUUCUGGCGUCCCGAUCGACUUCCUGAUUGAGCGCGGUCAGCAGAUCAAGGUUUUCUCCAUGCUGUUGCGCAAGUGCAAGGACGCGUCACUCGUUGUGCCAACACUCCCUCGCUCGCAGAACAAUGAAGAUACGGGCUACGAGGGUGCCACUGUAAUUGAGCCCCAGAAAGCGUUCUACACAGUACCUAUCGCGACUCUUGAUUUUGCGUCGCUGUACCCGUCGAUCAUGCAGGCGUUCAACCUUUGUUACUCGACGCUAGUUGCACCUGGAGAUGCGGACAAAUUGGCUCCUGGUGACUACCAAAAGUCUCCAUCGGGAGAUAUUUUCGUGACAAGCAAAAAGAAGAAGGGCAUUCUGCCACUGAUAUUGGAGGAAGUGCUGGCAGCGCGAAAGCAGGCGAAGCGAGACAUGGAUGCCGCUACCGAUCCAAUGGAGAAAGCAGUGCAAAACGGUCGACAACUUGCCCUCAAAGUGAGUGCGAAUUCCGUGUACGGUUUCACGGGCGCAAUUGUCGGGCAAAUGCCAUGCAUUCCAAUUGCGUCAAGUACAACAGCAUAUGGUCGCCAGUUGCUGUUUCGGACGCGUGAGGAAGUCGAGCGCGUGUACACUGUUGCAAACGGUUACAAGGCGGAUGCACAAGUGAUAUACGGAGACACGGAUUCUGUGAUGAUCAAAUUUGGUGUUGACUCCGUGGAAGAUGCCAUGCCACUUGCUGAAGAGGCUGCCAAGCGUAUAUCAGCAAUAUUUCCAUCGCCAAUCAAGCUCGAAUUCGAAAAGGUAUACUUCCCGUACUUACUAAUGAAUAAGAAGCGGUACGCCGGUCUGCUUUGGACGCGGCCAGAAAAGUACGACAAGCUGGACUCGAAAGGUCUUGAAACCGUGCGCCGUGACAAUUGCUUGCUAGUACGGCGCAUGGUGGAGUCAGUAUUGCGCAAGAUCCUAAUCAACCGGGAUGUGCCAGGUGCCAUUUCGUACACAAAGAACGUUAUUUCGGAUCUGUUGCAGAACCGUAUCGAUAUCUCAUUGCUGGUAAUUACGAAAGGGCUGAAGAAGAUGGUUGAUCAAGACGACUACAAGGUAAAGCAGGCCCACACUGAGCUGGCUGAGCGAAUGCGCAAACGAGAUGCCGGGUCGGCUCCAGCUCUUGGUGAGCGUAUCGCUUACGUGAUUAUUGACAAGGGCAAGGCCACGCCGUUGUACGAAAAAGCGGAGGACCCUGUGUAUGCCCUGGAGAACAACAUUCCAAUCGACUGCGACUACUACAUGAAACAACAGCUGCAGAACCCGCUGGAGCGUAUUUUCGAGCCCAUUAUUGGCUUGAGCAAGGUCAAGUCCGAUCUCCUCAAUGGUGCGCACACCCUCAAGCGCUCCAAACCCAUUUUGAAGCAGAACAGCGGUGGCAUGAUGAACUUUGCUGUGAAGAAGCUGAAAUGUCUGGGCUGCAAGGCCCCGCUGAAUGGCAAGGGAGCGCUUUGCCGCAGCUGCGUCGAGCGCGAGGCAGAAGUGUAUUCUUGUCAGCUCGUGUCGGUCAAUGAGCUCGAGCACAUGUUUGCGCGCCUUUGGACGCAGUGUCAAAACUGCCAGGGUAGUCUGCACCAAGACGUGCUGUGUUCCAGUCGCGAUUGUCCGAUCUUUUACAAGCGCAUUAAGGUGCAAAAGGAUCUCGGAGAGGCCCAGGCCUCGUUGGAACGUUUCCAGUCCGUGGAUUGGUAG